AUGGCCUUCGUCGUCAAAGCUCCAUUAAGCCCCAGCUUGGCGAGCAGACGCGAACACGCUAACCUGCAAAAUCCUUAUUCGGUUCUGAAAACUGUGAAACCAGCGGUUUCCAGAUUAAGCUAUAGCUUCCCCACUGGGCGAAAUUUUUCGAUCCCCAUGGCAAGCACACAAUCACGGUCUGUAGAGCUCGCGCCUACGGUUGAACCGAAGAAUGUUGGGAUCCCUAUCAUGGUGAAUGGUUGUACUGGGAAAAUGGGCAGGGCUGUUCUUGAAGCCGCCAUGACUGCUGGACUUAACCCUGUUUCUGUAGCAUUGGGCGGCGAAGAGGAUUCAGGGAAAAUCUUAGAUUUUGGUGGGAAACAGAUCGAGGUACACGGGCCAUCCGACAGAGAGUCGAUCCUUUCUUCUGUAUUCAACGAUUAUCCGAACUUGAUUGUUGUGGACUAUACAGUGCCGGCUGCCGUGAAUGACAAUGCUGCAUUAUAUUGCAAAGUUGGAGUUCCUUUUGUAAUGGGAACUACGGGAGGAGAUAGGGAGCUUUUGUAUAAGACUGUCUCUGACUCAAAGGUCUAUGCUGUGAUUUCUCCUCAAAUGGGUAAACAGGUGGUAGCUUUUCUUGCGGCCAUGGAAAUAAUGGCCGAGCAAUUUCCUGGUGCAUUUUCUGGGUAUGACCUUCAGGUAAUGGAGUCACAUCAAGCUGGAAAGAAGGACAUUUCUGGAACUGCCAAGGCUGUCAUCUCAUGUUUUCAGAAGUUGGGGGCCUCGUUUGAUAUGGAUCAAGUACAACAAAUACGUGACCCGAGGUUACAAGUUGAGAUGGUGGGUGUCCCUGAAGAGCAUUUAUCUGGUCAUGCAUUCCACAUGUAUCACUUAACAUCGCCCGAUGAAACUGUUUCAUUUGAGUUUCAGCACAACGUUUGUGGUAGAUCAAUUUAUGCUGAGGGCACUGUUGAUGCCAUACUUUUCCUAGCGAAGAAGGUUGGUUCAAAAGCGGACAAGCGGAUUUAUGACAUGAUUGACGUUCUCCGUGAGGGUAAUAUGAGGUGA